AUGACUAUGGCUGACAUUCCAAUCAUCACCACCGUCGCGGACUUGCGGGUCCUGCGCCAUCAGUACGCCCGCAGAAACGAGUCCGUCGGCUUCAUACCCACCAUGGGGUAUCUCCACGAGGGCCAUCUCUCGCUUAUCAACCAGUCCCUGCUCUCAAAUGACCACACUAUUGUCUCCAUUUUCGUGAACCCUUCCCAGUUUGCACCAGGCGAAGACUUGGACACAUACCCCCGUGAUCUCGACCACGACGUCAAAGUGAUCACGGAAUUCGUCGCCGCAAAGUUCCAAGGCUCAUCGGAUAAAAAGGUCGACGCCAUUUUCCAUCCAACUGUGUUGCAGAUGUAUCCUUCCGGGUUCAGCAUGGAGCGUUCCCAGCAGAGAGGCGCCUUCGUGGAGGUGCUUGGUGUCUCCGAGCCUCUUGAAGGCAAGACAAGACCGUCAUUCUUCAGAGGUGUGUCCACCGUGGUGGCCAAAUUGUUGAACGCCACCAAUCCAACCGUUGCAUACUUCGGACAGAAAGAUAUCCAACAGACCGUAGUUCUCAAAACUAUGGUGAGGGAUUUGCUCAUGGAUAUUGAGCUUGAGAUCGUGCCAACCGUGAGAAACAGCAGCGGGCUGGCACUGAGCUCUAGAAACGCAUACUUGUCUCCAGAGAUCUUGAGCCAAGUUACAUGUAUAUUUCGCAGCAUGAAUACCGCGUAUGGGAAAUACUCUAAGAGUGGUGUCAGGGACGUCUCCGACUUGACGGAAACAGUGUCUGCGGAAAUUAGAUCCACUAAUGCUAACUUCAAGGUGGACUAUAUCUCUUUCAACGAUCCAGAGACACUGGAUUAUUUGACCACCAUUGAUCCUAAGAAGGGCGCCAUUUUGUCACUAGCUGUAUACGUCCCUAAUUCAACAGAGACUAAUGAAACGAAAACAACAAGACUCAUUGAUAACAUGAUUUUCAACCCCGUUGCUUGA